AUGGCGGCAGAGACUUCGACUGCCCGAUUUGCUUUGUCUUCUUACCAGCCCGUGGGGAGUAAGAGUCAGACCUGGGGUGCCACCGAUAUCCAGUGCACUCGGUGUGAAAGAAGGGUGUCCAGAGUUUCAGGUCACCACCGUGAACUUCAGUGUGGACAUGUAUUUUGUGAACUAUGUUUGUCAGUAACUGGAGAAUACAACACAAUUAUAUGCCCUAAUUGUGAGGUUGUUACAACUAUAAAUAUGAAAGAAGGAUACUACCCGAUAGAUGGAUGUAUUAAAGAAGAUUCAUUUAUGGAAAAUUUGCAACCUAAAACGAUAAAGAAUUAUUCUCCAGACUUUAAAAAGACAGCUGAUCAGCUAACUGUUGGUUUAGAACAUUCAACCUCCAUUCACAGACCUGUUUCGAGCUCAUCAGCUAUAAUGUCGGAGACUAAAACUACAGAAGAAAUUGAUGAAGCAUUGAAGAUAGCAGGCUAUAAUUUUGAGCAAUUAAAUAUUGCUGUAAAAAUGCUUGAACGCACACAGAAUCAAACAAAAGAGGAGACAGAUAAUCUUAUAGAAGUUGUGGAGAAACAGUUUGAUAAACUUAUUGCUUCUCUUGAUUCCAGGAAAAAGAACUGGUGCGAAGAACUUGUAAGAAAUACAGAUGAUUAUUUGUCAAAUUUAAUAAUGACUAAAAGCUACAUUGAAGAGAAAAAAAAUGAUUUGGAUGCAGCUAUGAAGAUAGCAAAAGAGUUAAAAUCAGCACCUUCUCUGAGGACAUACUGUGACCUGAAUCAGAUUAUCCGGACUUUGAAGUUAACAUCUGAGAGUGAAUUGUCACAAGUUAGUUCUCUAAAACCAAGGAACCCUCCCAGGUUGAAUAUGAAUUGUAGUGAGAUUAUGUGCAUGUUCAACAGUAUGGGAAAGUUUGACUUUGAGGACUCAACAAAAUGUUAUCCCCAAGAAAAUGAAGUUGGACAGAAUGUUCAAAAGAAAUAUAAUAGUAAAAAGGAACUUUCAUAUGUUACAUACUCAUCACUAGAAAAGAAAAAGGUUGAUGUGUCUGUCCUAACCAGUGAAGCACCAGCACCUCCUUUACAACCGGAGACCAGUGGUGUCCAUUCAGAAGGGAUUGUCCAGCCACAGAAAGAGGUCAUUGCAGUCACAGCCUCUAAAACCAUUGCUGUGCUCCCUCAAAUGGGCUCUAGCCCUGAUGUGAUAAUUGAAGAAAUUAUUGAAGAAAACCCAGAACGUUCUCCAGAGCUAGUUUUUGUAAGCCAUGUAGUACAUCCUUGCCACUUCUAUAUUCGGAAAUAUUCACAAAUAAAAGAUGCAACAGUAUUGGAAAAGAAGGUGAAUCAAAUUUGCAGUAAGAAUUUACAUCUUGAUCCUUCAGACAUUUUGGAGCUAGGUGCAAGAAUAUUUGUGAACAGUAUUGAAAAUGGAAUGUGGUGUCGAGGAACUAUCACUGAAUUAAUUCCAAUAGAAAGUAAAAAUAUUAGAAAACCCUGUAGUCCAACCAAAUUCUCAGUCCGUGAAGUUGCACUAAUACAAAUAUUCAUGGUAGAUUUUGGAAAUUCUGAAGUCCUAAUCGUCACAGGAGUUGGUGAUACCCAUGUAAGACCAGAACACAUUGCUGAGCAGCAUAUAUUAAAUGAUUUAUGUCUGGUUCUGAGGAAGUCUGAACCAUAUAUUGAAGGACUGGUGAAAGAUUUCCCACCUUUAGCAUACCCAUGCUCGUUAAAAGACAUUGUUCCACAUAAUUCAAGCAAAGGCUGGGAAGAGGAAGCUAAAGUGGAAUUUUUGAAAAUGGUAAAUAACAAGGCUGUUUUAAUGAAAGUUUUUAGAGAAGAAAAUGGUGUGCUUAUUGUAGAUCUGCAGAAACCACCAACAAAUAAAAUAAGCAGUGAUAUGCCUGUGUCUCUUAGAGAUGCAUUAGUUUUUAUGGAACUAGCACGUUUUAGAUCACAAUCACCAAUAAGUCACACUGAAAAAAAUAUGACUUUAUGCUAUCAUCCACCUAUUUUGCCUAAAGAAAUGACAGAUGUUUCAGUUAUGGUUUGUCAUAUAAACAGUCCUACUGAUUUCUACCUUCAGUUGAUAGAAAACCUGGUUUUAUUUCUGUUAAAAACCAUUGAGGAAUUCUACAAAAGUGAAGAUGGAGAAAAUCUGGAAAUUGUCUGUCCAGUUCAAGAUCAAGCAUGUGUAGCUAAGUUUGAAGAUGGAGUUUGGUACCGAGCUAAAGUCACUGGAUUGCCUGGACACCGGGAAGUUGAAGUUAAAUAUGUGGACUUCGGUAAUACUGCAAAAAUAACACUUAAGGAGAUGCGCAAAAUAAAAGAUGAAUUUCUGAAUCACCCAGAGAAGGCAAUUAAAUGUAAGCUGGCACGUAUUGAACCAUGUAAAAGGACGAUGCAGUGGUCCAAAAAAGCUAAAGAAAAAUUUGAAGAAAAGGCUCAGGAUAAAUUCAUGACUUGUUCAGUUAUUAAAAUUUUAGAAGAUAAUGUGCUCUUAGUUGAGCUUUUUGAUUCUUUUGCUGCUCCUGGAAUGACUCCUAUUAGUAUUAAUGACCAGCUAGUGAAGGAAGGACUAGCAUCUUAUGAAGUAGGAUAUACACUCAAAGAUAAUUCUAAAAAGCAUAUAGAAGUAUGGGAUCCUUCUCCAGAAGAAAUUAUUUCAAAUGAAGUAAACAACUUAAGUCCUAUGUCUGUAAAAUCUCUACCUAAUGAGAAUUUCCAGUCACUUUAUAAUAAGGAAUUGCCUGUGCAUAUCUGUAAUGUAAUAUCUCCUGAGAAGAUUUAUGUUCAGUGGUUAUUAACAGAAAACUUACUUAAUAGUUUAGAAGAAAAGAUGAUAACUGCUUAUGAAAACAAAGAAUGGGAACCUAUUAAAUGGGAAAAUGAUAUGCAUUGUGCUGUUAAGGUCCCAGAUAAAAAUCAGUGGCGAAGAGGCCAGAUCAUCAGGAUGGUCACAGACACAUUGGUGGAGGUCUUGCUGUAUGACGUGGGUGUUGAACUAGUAGUGAAUAUUAGCUGUUUAAGAGAACUUCAAGAAAAUCUGAAGACAAUGGGAAGAUUAUCUUUGGAAUGCUCUCUCGUUGAUAUAAGACCAACUGGUGGGAGUGACAAGUGGACAGCAACAGCUUGUGACUGUCUUUCAUUAUACCUCACUGGCGCCAUAGCAACCAUAACUUUACAGGAAAGCAACACAACAUGGCCAUUACCUGUGAAAAUUUUCUGCAGAGAUGAAAAAGGAGAGCGUGUUGAUGUUUCUAAAUAUCUGAUUAAAAAAGGCUUAGCUUUGAGAGAAAGAAGAAUCAACAAAUCAAAUAACAACCAUUCAUCUGAGAAGUCUCUGCAAAUUCCCCUGGGACAAGAAGAUUUAAUAGUUACCACUAAGCAUAUUAAAAUUAACUUUGAGAAAAAAGCUACUAAUAUAAUCAAUGAACACAAGGUAUCUGAAUUUAAGGAGCAGAUUUCAGAACCAAGAGCCAUAGGAUGCUAUAAACCACCAGUUAUUCCUAAUACAAAAGUAUUUGAGGCAGUAGUCAGUUGCAUUGGUGAUGAUGGAACAAUAUUUGUAAUACCUAAAUUAUCAGAAUUUGAACUGGUAAAAAUGAUGAAUGAAAUUCAAAGUAAUUUAAAAUACCUUGGUCUUUUGGAACCUUAUUUCUGGAAAAAGGGAGAACCUUGUGCAGUGAGAGGAUCUGAUACAAUGUGGUAUCGAGGCAAAGUAAUGGAAGUUGUAGGUGGUACCAUCAGGGUACAAUAUUUAGAUCAUGGAUUCACUGAGAAGAUUCCACAGUGUCAUCUUUACCCUAUUUUACUAUAUCCUGAUACACCACAGUUUUGUAUUCCUUGUCAACUCUAUCAUACUAUACCAGUUGGGAAUGUCUGGCAGCCAGAUGCAAUAGAGCUUCUUCAGGAGCUGCUUUCAAAGAGAGAGGUGGACGUUCACAUUAUGGAAUUGCCUGAAACUCCAUGGGGGAAGUUGUCUGUUCAUCUCUAUUUUGAUGGAAUGUCACUUUCCUAUUUUAUGACACACCAUAAAUACUGUACUUUUGAACACUGUGAGGAGAUAUUUAAAGAAAAACCAACAGAUUACAAUAAAAAGUAUGAAGAAGAAAGAUGGGAAAUAAAAUUUGAGGAAUUGCUUUUGUCUGAGACAGAGACUCCUAUUUUACCACCAUAUUUGUCUUCAUCUCUACCUCCACCAGAAGAAUUGUAUGCUGUUCAAGUGAAACACGUUGUCUCACCUAAUGAAGUGUUCAUUUGCCUUGAUUCUGUAGAAAACCGUAGUCAGUGUAAUCGUAGUAACACAGAUGACAGUGGAAUCAGCUGGGAAUCGGAAUCGGAGAGUCUUGAAGAAGCACUGCAGAGGUUUAAUAAGAAUGUAGAGACAUUCCCUCCUCUGACAGAUUUUAGAACAGAAAUGCCUUGCCUUGCAGAAUAUGCUGAUGGCUUAUGGUAUAGAGCAAAGAUUGUAUCCAUUAAAGAAUAUAAUCCUUUAUCUGUACUGGUACAGUUUGUUGAUUAUGGAUCAACUGAAAAACUGACAGUAAAAAGACUGCGUCAAAUUCCUCUUCAUCUUAUGCAGUACCCAGCCCGAGCCAUAAAGGUUCUCUUGGCUGGGUUUAAACCUCCCGUAAGAGACUCAGGAAAGACAAGAAUACCAUAUUGUCCCAAGUGGAGCAUGGAAGCAUUGUGGGCUAUGAUAGACUGUCUUCAAGGAAAACAGCUGUAUGCUUCCUCCAUGGCCCAGGCACCAGAACAAAUAGUGACAUUAUAUGAAGAUGAACAGUAUCCAGUUCAUAUGUCUUUAGUAGAAAUGGGGCUCGCAGACAGAGAUGAAUGA